AGCAACUCAAUUUAGUCAAUGUUUACAAUUUAUACUAAAGAAAUCGGUGCUACACGGGUCGCGAUUCUUUUAACGGUAAAAUACACGAGAAGUGCAAAAAUGGAGUUGUCACCGGGAAAUAUGGAGAAGUUAGUGGACCUGCUUAGAGUUCCGGAACCUGACGUAAUACAGGGCGAGGACUUGGUUUCUUCUGGUUGUGAAAUUACUUCAACAAGAGGACAACUGCCCAAUAACGAAAAUGUAAAACGCACACCAAAGACAAUAGAGGAAUUUGAGGAGCAAGAAGCCAAGGAGACCGAAGAGCUGAGUCACGUAGGUGGAGGCCUCGACGGCCGGAAAGCACCGGAGUACACCAUGAACUAUAGACAAGCUGUCAGCGCAGAGGAUGUGUUCCUUCAGAUCGGCCCAAAAACGCCAGGCUCGGCCAGUUGCGAGAACCUAAUAGUCCGCAUCAAAAUGCCCGGGGACAAAAUGGAGAACAUAGAUUUAGCGGUAGACACCAGCAGCGUGACUGUCAACUCUUCGCAGUACUGCCUCAAGCUGCCGCUGCCGCACGACAUCGACCCAGACCGGUCCAAAGCCUCCUGGGAUGCUACGGAGCAAACCUUGGUGUUGACGCUGAUGUUGCAAAGGGAGUUCGAUUUUGUUAAUUUUUAAGUUAUUUUAAUUACAUUAAAUCUACACU